CUUUUCAGUGUUGCACAAAACAAUGCACACGACCCGCAGAACUCAAAAAUGAGUUGGAGCCCGGUCGGCUCGAGUCUUAUUGACGUUUUGUGGGGUUUUCUGGCUUUGUGCUUCCUCCUGGCGUUUUGUGCUCACAAGGUGUGGAGCAGGUAUGAAGCACGUGGUCUGUACAUGUUGUUCCAGGAUCUUAUUCGAUACGGAAAAACAAAACAAAACCUCAAACGCGACGAAUGGCUGCGUGUGUUUGACGUCCCUAAAAGGUGGUUCUGGCACUUCUACGCCCUCUCUGUUUGCUGGAACGGCCUCCUCCUGCUCCUGUACCUGAACUUCAUAUUUCAGCAUCAGUCUCGCCCAUCAUGGCUGACAGGGACGUUGGAGGUCUUGACAGGUGUACCGAGCGCUGAUGGUCAGGUGCCACAGCUGUCGACUCUCCUGGUGCAGCUGCUGCUCUGGGUCCACUCCCUCAGGAGGCUGCUGGAGUGCCUGUUCGUCAGUGUCUUUUCUGGUGGGUCCAUGCAUUUGGUGCAGUACUUCUUCGGUGUGGGGUACUACAUCGUGCUGGGGUUGACGGUGCUCUGCUCAGAUCACAUGGGAAAAGGGAGUGGCCCCCUCCUCUCUCAGCUGCACUGGCUUCAUGUUGCUGGAUUCACACUUUUCAUUGCGGCCUCGCUGCUGCAGCAUCAGUCCUUGGUGCUGCUGGCCAGGCUGCGCACCGGAAAGUCAGGAGCAGUGGAGACGCUGGCUCACAGGGUGCCACAUGGAGGCGGCUUCGAGCUGGUUUCAUGCCCUCAUUACUUUGCUGAGCUGCUGAUAUACAUCUCUCUGGCCUUGGUUUUCGGAGGCCUGUCUCUAACGUGGUGGCUGGUUGUCCUUUAUGUGCUCUUCAACCAAUCACUGGCAGCACAGCUCUGCCACGACCUUUACAUCAGCAAAUACGAGUCAUACCCAAGACAGAGAAAAGCAUUUAUACCUUUUGUGUUUUGAAGAGUUGUCACCACUGUGUUUUCGGAACUGUAAACUGCUCAACAAAUGUUGGACACAUCUGAGGAGCUGGAUGUGCAGGAGUAAAACUCCCCUCUAUCAGUAGUGAUUGACAAGGUGAUCGGGACCAAGCAGCUGUCAGCUGGCAGCUCCAGCUGUGACUGUGAGGUGUAGCAGCGCUGCAGGAACAUUCCUCCACAGCAGAAGUCUCACCAGGUGAACGAUGAGCUGUUUCUUUGAGACUGAUGUGAAGAAAAGAGGAACCUCACCACUGAACAGCCGUUCAAUACAACAAGACCUUGUUUUUGUUAUAACAAUGUACGAUAUACUGAUGUAUGUCAUUACAUAUAAGAUAAGAUAUGUUGUUAAAAAUAAGCAACUUUUGAAUGUUUGUUUAAUAAAAAAAUACAUAAGGACGAA